UGUGAAAGUCACUCACAUCGAUUCACGCUUACGGACAGAGUGAAGGUUACCUGCUUCAACAGUGUUUGAACGGCAACCUAGCUUCUGUCUCUCACUUGCCUCUCAUUCCUCAGCAUUUUAAUUUCCAGAAUAAUCGCAUUGCUAACUGACUGCAUACUGCUGAUCUUAAACAGAAACUGCGCUUCAGUAGCUGCGUUUAUCUCUAACUCGAAGACCUACUUGGAGAAAACAACACCACUGCUAGCCAGCUAACGUUAGCUAGCAACCAUUCGGACUGCACUGCGCUACUUGGCACGCUUUCAGCAAAUCUAACGCAUUGUCUUUGAAUAUCAACAUAAUCAAACAAGAACCAUGACCUCUCAGGUGAGACAGAACUUCCACCAGGACUGCGAGGCAGCCAUCAACCGGCAGAUCAACCUGGAGCUGUAUGCCUCCUAUGUGUACCUCUCCAUGGCUUACUACUUUGACCGAGAUGACCAGGCCUUGCACAACUUUGCCAAGUUUUUCCGCAACCAGUCUCACGAGGAGCGCGAGCACGCUGAGAAACUCAUGAAGCAACAGAACCAGAGGGGAGGCAGGAUCUUCCUCCAGGACAUCAGGAAGCCAGAGCGGGACGAGUGGGGCAGUGGCGUAGAGGCUCUGGAGUGUGCCCUCCAGCUGGAGAAGAGCGUCAACCAGUCCCUACUCGACCUCCACAAGGUCGCCUCCGAACGCAACGACCCCCACAUGUGCGACUUCAUCGAGACGCACUACCUGGACGAGCAGGUUAAGUCCAUCAAGGAGCUGGCCGACUGGGUGACCAACCUGCGCCGCAUGGGCGCCCCGCAGAACGGCAUGGCAGAGUACCUGUUCGACAAGCACACGCUGGGCAAAGAGAGCAGCUAAACACCCCCGACUCCCUUCCCCUCUCCCCUCCCCCCCUUCCCCACAGUCCCUCCUCCACUACCUUGUUUAUCUCCUCAGCUCAAGAUCUCUGGCCUUCUGUGCUGACCUGACCGCCAGCCAGUUGGCCCCUACUCGGCAUUAUGCUUGGCUCAUUGCUGCCAUGUUGUUCCCCUGAAACGCACCGCCCUCCCAUAAAAGCCAUAGCUCUUAUCUAUUGUUGCUGCUGCUGCUCUCGAUGUUGUUGCUUGUCCCCAGUGGUUGACAAUCCUGUCCUUUUGCCUGUUGUUUUAUUACUGAUGUUCAUCAUCGAAACAAAAUAAAAAAGGAACCCUCUGGAUUCUGAA